AUGGCAGCAUGGUUGUCUGCUGCUCGAAGUUUCGUGAUGAAUACUGACUUUGACGUGGGCCCAAUGCUCGCAGACAAAAAGCGAACUGUCACAGAGGUGAUGGAUGUUAUGAAGGCGAACAGUGGCGGCAAAGGAACCAUUCAGGCUUUAGGAGACAAGAUUAUCCUCAGCAAGCUCUUGGAAAACCUGGGUGUUCCGCAGAUGCCGGUGCUGUUGUCAACCUACACCAAAGUAAACAAGGCGGAGGUGGAGAAGCUUGUUGCAACCUGGACAUCUAGCAGCGAUCCCGAUGCGUAUGAGGUCGUGAUCAAGCCGCUGACACACCUUAGCAGCGCAACGGGCGCCAUCAUUAUGUCAAAGGACAAGUGGCAGAAGGAGCAAUGGUCCUCUCAGAAGCUCAUCGAGCACAUGGAGACCUACUUGGAGAAGAAAGCGGCCGACAGCGAGAGCGAGGCCCUCAAGUCUCUGGUUCCAGGUUUCAUUAUCCAGCCGCGAUACCGCUCGUCGGUGGGGUUCAAUUUUCCGCUCGAGCUGCGAGUUGUAACAAUCUGGGGUAAGGCCCGCGUCGGAAUCUGGUGGUGGGGCCGUGUUGCCGAUCCGAAGGGGCGACGAACUACCUGGCUCGUGCGUGUGCCGAAGAUCUCCGGUCAGCUGUCAGAUGACGAUGGCUGGGAGGUGAUCCACGAGCAUAACGGGCAAAAUCGCGGAUUUGAGGUUUCCCUGAAACUCUUUCGUGAAGCAAUGCCGGCUAUGUCCGCCGCAGCAGAGGGCAUAGCGAACGCCACGGGAUCACCAUUCCUGCGCUCCGAUUUUUUUGUUGGCAGCAAACAGUGGGGAGUGCGACUGAAUGAAGUUGCUUACGGCAGCGGCGUAGACUACAAGCGCCGUCUCCCUGGCGGCACCUCAAAGCAAACUCGCGGUGGAACGUGGGUAGGUGGGCUCGUGGACGACGGCCCUGCAAUUGCAGAGAUCCUUCAGGAGGGCUUCAGGCUGUGCCAGCGCAAGCCGCCUGCCGAGUUCCUGAAAGUGCUCGGAGCUCGAACUGCGCUCUAUGAGGUUCCUACAAGAGGGCGACCGCAAGCUGCCUCAAAGCCAGCAGAGCCGAUGAUGAAGGUUGAGGCCGUUCCUCAGGAUAAGCGUGCCAUACAACUUGCAGAGGACGCGGUACAGGACUUGAUUGGUCUGUACAAGAACCCGGGGAACAUGCUUUCACAGACCGGGCAAGUUGCUGCAUCAAGUUGUGAGACUCAGCCAGCGCAAGAUGCUCCGGUUGUUCCCGCCUUAGAGUCCCUGUGA